CGGCGUUCCCGGAACCCGCCGGGGCGUGGCCAAGAAGUGGGUGGCCGCGCGGGUCUCUGGGGCUGCGGCUGCACGGCGACCCUGGUGCUUCCGUCCGUCCGUGUGUCCGUCCGACUGUCCGCCCAGCCAUGGUCGCCCCGGCCCCCGCGCCACGGACCCUGUUGCUGUUCCUGCUGCUGCUGCUGCCGCCUCCGGGUGCCCAGGAUGAGGUGUGUAUAGCUUCCAGUGGAUACAACGUCUUCCCCAAGUCCUGUCCUGAUUUCUGCUGUGGCACCUGUUACAGCCAGUACUGCUGCUCUGAUGUGCUGAAGAGAUUUGUGUGGAGCCAGGAAAGAUGUCUUGAUUUUGAAAACAGUUUUGCCAGUAUCAGGGAGGAUUUGGACCGUACGCAGGAGAAGCUGGCUGAGUCGUGGAAGUACAGCUCCGACAUGGACAGUGACCCCAUGUCAGGCAGGUUCGGGGCGACGGUAGCCAUCGGCCUGACCAUCUUUGUGCUCUUUGUUGUCACCAUCAUCGUCUGCUUCACUUGUUCCUGCUGCUGUCUGUACAAGAUGUGCCGCCGACCACGCCCGGUCGUGACCACCACCACUUCCACCACCGUGGUGCACGCCCCUUACCCUCAGCCUCCAAGUGUGCCGCCCAGCUACCCUGGGCCAUCAUACCAGGGCUACCAGCCCAUGCCCCCCCAGCCAGGGAUGGCAGUAGCACCCUACCCGACACAAUACCCACCACCCUACCCGGCCCAGCCCAUGGGCCCGCCAGCCUACCAUGAGACAUUGUCUGGAGGUGCCGCCAUGCCCUACUCUGCCAGCCAGCCUCCUUAUAACCCAGCCUACAUGGAGCCCCCGAAGGCUGCCCACUGAGAAUGCCCCUGCAUUUUUGGCUGCCACUUGACACGUCUGUGUGUGUAUGGAUGUGUGCAUGGGUAUGCAGGCACGGCCCUUCUCUCCCGUGCAGGAUGUGUGUGUGUCCUGUUUGUACAUAAGGCUUCUUGUGAUGCUGACAAGGUGGGGGACAACCCCUGCCGGACUUACUGGGACCAUACUUUUGUUCUCUUCUUCACUUGAAAUUAUGCUGCCUUGAAAUCUCAAGCAAAAUUAAAAGAAUGAGGUGGGAGUUCUUUUCCAAACCACCCCCGGGAGACCAGGUGGAGCUUGUCACCUUAGGAUAGCACAGCUUUUUUCUGGGUAAGAUGCACACGUGUUCCGGUUUCAGCAGAAUGGCUAGCCACUGCUUGACACCAUGGCUUGUCCCCAGGGCGUGUGCUUCCCUUUGAAGAACCAGAGCUGUGAUUCAGGCAGGUAGGUGAGACUUGGGACCUGGCUGGGUUGGGUUUUGAUCCCAUAGCUCCCUGGAGCCUGGGCCCUGCCCAGUGGAGGGUGGGCAGCCUCCUGAUUUCGAAAGGCCUAAGGCAGAGCCCCACCCGCCCUGACAGCUGUCUACCUGGACUGUUCCUAUAACCUCCUGGGACCACCUGGAGGGCCACAUCCACCCACGGUUCUGGCUGCCCUGGCUGGCCCCAGCCCCGGCCCGAGGUGGGCAGGGUGCCUUCUGUCCACCUACACUCAGAUGUCCUCCUUGCAGUGUUGUUUUACUUUUAGACAAACAUUUGGCCUGUUUUCUGUUUCAAAAUGUGAUAGUUGCUGUAAGUCUGAAACCCCUGGGUCCUGGAGGGAAAUUGGCCAGAGAGGAGGGGGACCCCCUGACCUCUGAUAGUCCCUGUUUCCCCCAUACCAGCCUCACAGAAUAUCCAGCUCCUGUACCCUAGUCCACAGUGUGCCCUGGCAGUGGGGACAGGUGGGCCAACGGACUGUCUGGACCAAAGGGACCACAGGUGGAGGGGAGCCUUGGGUGGCUGUUGGCCCAGACAUGAAUACCUCGGUGUUCCCCGUCCCUCUGUUUCUGUCUCAUCAUAUCUGUCUCAGCUUUGUGCCUGUUGAUAUGUUUCUGAGAGUCUGGGGUCUGCACCCUUGUUUAUAAUAAAUGCAGACAUUUGGA